CAUGCACCCCGAAGUCGAGAAGAUCAGGUCAAUAGUUGACGACGUCUCGUUCACCAGUGGAACCUGCAAAACCAAGAGAGAGCAAUGUCUGCUCUACUACAGGUGUAGCUCCGAGGACUCCACUGCACGAUUCGCUUUCCAUUCAUACUACUUGCAUUUACUAAUUAACGAUCCAUCAGGGUCAUAAAUCUCGCCCAUCCAACGGAUGCAGAGUUGAAUACAUUGGCAGAUGCUUGUAAACCUGGCCCCCUUUGGUCGAGAUUCUGAGGAGGUCCUCGGAUGAUACUUAUCGCAAGGCUCUCAAGCUGGACACCUUACUUUUUGCCACUACAUUGGAUCUGCAGAUGACCAAGAUUCUCGACCAAAUUCGCGUGGACCUCAUGGAAGGACAUUUAUCGACUGAAAAACGAAUCCGACCUGAGCUAUACAAACUGAAUAUCUAUGGUGAAGGAUCUUUCUUCAAGUCACACAAGGAUACGCCUUCCCACCAAGGAGGCGGUCUUGCUCUUCGCAGCCACGGGAAAGAGUGGGUUUUUGACGCUAGCAGUCUCCUUGCCAAUAGCACCACUGAGAACCCGGAGAUUGCCUAUGUCGCGUUCUACAGUGACGUCGAGCAUGAGGUUUUCCCCGUCACCUCGGGCUCCCGUGUCACUCUGACCUACAAUCUGUACCAAGAACAGGACACACACACAGAGAUGACAUUCAAGGAUACAAGAACCUACGACAUCACCUCUGAUAUCAAGGAGUCCAUUUCGAGGCUUAUAGACGAUCCAGAGUUCUUACCCAGGGGCGGAAAGCUUGGCUUCGGUUUGCGUCACCAAUACCCUCUAAGCACAAAUAGGGGACCAUUCGAAGUCGAGGACGUUGUUGAUCUUCUGAAAGGAAGCGACGCAGCUAUUUACAGAGCCUGCCAGAGUCUGUCUCUAUCUGUGAACGUCCGGAUUUCCUACAUGCCACGCGGCGACGGGAAGCGGAGCUACCUUACCGAUAGCGAGUUCGGCAACUUUCAGCUUUGGGAAGAAUCCCUCCGUAGUUGGAUGGUGCAAGAUGGAGUCGAAUCUGUUAAGGAACAAGAGGAUUGGCAGGACAGCCGCGUUUACAAUUCAACUCGUAUCUUUUGGGUUACGCCUAGGACGGAAUUGAGUCGGGUGACUACUACGUUUGCGUAUUAUGGAAACGAACCAGAUAUUGGUUACCUUUACGGGGACAUUUGUCUUGUUGUCGAUCUUGCUCCAGCAGGUGGCAGUGGCGAAGAGUCUGGUAGUGAAGGCGAGGAAGUUGGAAGCAGUAGUGAAUCUGAUGGCUUCUAUUAAGCUGCUUCCUUUUACAAUUAUAUUACUCGUGUAUGCGCCGUCAACGUUAACCCUGUACAAUAUUGCUACUCGAAUGCUCAGCGCUCAUGGGUGACGAAAGAUGAUGUCGUAUAUGUAUCUUCGUUCUAUGAUUCUUUCCUCUAAACUUCCUUAAUGUUGUGUCCGCUUAGAGUCUCCAUCCCAGUGCUCCUUCUGAGUUGCCCACUCCGCUGAUUUCAAUGCUUGAU